CUGCUUGAAUCCUUCUUUGUCUGGGAAGGAAGCGGCGGAGUAUGGCUCCGUGGCCUGAACUAAAAGACACAAAUAAAUAUAUUGAAGAACCUUGUUCCAAACAAAAGCAAGUCAUGACUGAAAAAGAAGAGAAAAACCCCAAAGGUGAGCAGGUUUCCUCAAGAAACCAGAUAGAACUUCUCCCUGCAUACUCCACUGUUGCCUUGACAACUGAUCAAGAACCCGAGGAUGAAGUGGACCCUUGGGAUAUGCCAAUGCUCCAGAACUCUGGCGUCAGGUGGUCAGAAUUGGAUAGAAAAGGCAAAGUGCUGUGUGUGUUAAAAAGCAUAGGGAAGUUUAUUCUCUUGCUUGGACUCCUCUAUUUUUUUGUCUGCUCCUUGGAUGUGCUCAGCUCAGCCUUCCAGUUGGUAGGAGGUAAAGCUGCGGGAGACAUUUUCAAAGAUGGUUCCGUGCUGUCCAACCCUGUGGCAGGCCUUGUGAUUGGCGUCCUGGUGACCGUGAUGGUUCAGAGCUCUAGCACCUCCUCCUCCAUCAUAGUCAGUAUGGUGGCCUCUUCCUUACUGACAGUUGAACGUGCAAUUCCAAUCAUAAUGGGAGCCAAUAUUGGAACCUCGGUCACCAACACUAUUGUGGCACUCAUGCAAGCUGGAGACAGGAAUGAAUUUAGAAGGGCCUUUGCAGGGGCUACAGUCCACGAUUUCUUUAACUGGCUUUCCGUGUUUGUGCUGCUGCCCAUUGAAGAGGCCUCAGGCUACCUUUUUCGUCUUACAAAUGCCACCGUUGAGACCUUCCAUCUUGAGAGUGGAGAAAGUGCCCCUGAGCUGUUAAAAGUCAUUACUGAUCCUUUUACAAAACUUAUCAUCCAGCUUGAUAAAUCAGUGAUCAGUGCAGUUGCGACAGGUGAUGAAUCAGCAAGCAACAAAAGCUUAGUGAAAACAUGGUGUGAAAAGAAAACUCACCUGAUUACAGAGAAUUAUACCGUCCCAUCACCUGAAAACUGCACAUCUCCAGACCUUUGCUGGACUGCUGGAAACUUGACCUGGACUCUCAAAAAUUAUUCCAACACUGAAUAUAUUAAAAAAUGUAAUCAUAUUUUUGCAGGAACAAGCCUUUCUGAUUCAGCUGUUGGCCUCAUCCUGCUGGCAUUAUCCUUGCUUGUACUGUGCACUUGUUUGAUACUGAUCGUUAAGUUGCUGAAUUCCGUACUUAAAGGACAAGUGGCAAGUGUUAUCAAGAAGACACUCAACACGGAUUUCCCGUUUCCAUUUUCUUGGCUCACAGGAUACCUGGCUAUGAUAGUGGGAGCUGGCAUGACCUUUAUAGUUCAGAGCAGUUCAGUGUUCACGUCAGCAAUCACUCCACUUGUUGGAAUUGGUGUUAUAAGCAUCGAGCGUGCGUACCCCCUUACUCUGGGAUCCAACAUUGGCACUACCACAACAGCAAUUCUUGCUGCUUUGGCCAGUCCAGGAAGCACGUUAAAGUAUUCUUUACAGAUUGCUUUGUGCCACUUCUUCUUCAAUAUUUCUGGAAUUAUCCUUUGGUACCCAAUCCCCUUCAUGCGCCUCCCGAUCCGAUUGGCUAAAGGCUUGGGUAACAUAACUGCCAAGUACAGAUGGUUUGCCAUUUUUUAUCUUCUCACCUGCUUCCUCCUCAUUCCUUUAGCUGUCUUUGGCUUGUCAGUGGCUGGCUGGCCAUACCUUGUGGGUGUCUCUGCCCCCAUCUUGGCUUUCUUAGUUGUGUUGGUCACCAUCAACAUUUUGCAAACCAAAUGGCCACAUGUGCUGCCUCAAAAGCUCCAAAACUGGGGCUUCCUCCCCAUAUGGAUGUCCUCCUUGCAGCCUUGGGAUAACGUCAUCACUUCUCUGGCAUCUACCUGUGGAAGAUACUGCUGCUGCUGCUGCAGAUGCUGUCAAGACAAAAACCCUGACCAAUCGAUGAAAGAAAAGCCGACAAAAGCCAUGAAAGGGCAUGAUAACCCUGUUUCAUUGGCAGAUGAAGAAAAUGAUCUCUCAGCAGUUAAAACUAAGCAAAUAGAUCUGAGUAUCACAGCUUUGUAGCAGAAGUUUGGGCCAUAAAGAUUGAGAACCAAAGGACAAAUAGCUGAGGGGGGAACUUAGGAGGCAGAGAAGAAGGAGAGGGGGAAAAUGUAUGCCAAGUUUUUGCAUCCAGUAAACAGAAUGCUUGGCAUCAACUACAACCAACCUUUGGGGCAAGAAUGCAAGCCCAGACUCUGAGAUCCAUGAGGAAUAUCUAUGCAAUCCCUGGUGCCGUCUAUAAAUUUGCCUCUUAUCUAUCUAGCUAAGGAGCAGGCUACUACUGGAGGGUAGCUCGUCUCUAUGCUGUAGCCUGGCCGAUAGGGAUUCUUGCUCCUGACUAGAAGCACCACAGGUGGCAUGAUUGCAACCUACCCAUAUCCUACUCAAAUCCAAAAGUAAUCUAUGGCACAUUUCUCUGUAAUAUGUUUCCCCAUAUUUUUAUUUGGUCUCUAGACCCAACAGUGACAAAAUGUAAAUAUGCAGUGGGAGGAGGGGGCAAGAAUCAGUAUAACAGGUAAACAAAUUUCAGGGCCAAGUAGGACCCCAGGUGUUCUGCUUUCACUUGUUAGAUCAUCACAUUUGGCCCAUAAAACCCUCCAAACAUGACCGUACUUUGUGCAAAACUGCCAGAAUGGACAUACUGAAACGUUUGAUAAUAUCUAAAGAAAGGGUUGAUGUAUUUUAGCAACACAGUUGCUGUAAUUUGUGCCUUAAAGAUGGAAAUUGUAUUUAUUAUUAUAUGUAUAAAUCAUAUUUAUAGAGCAUUUGGCUUUCCAAAGCCUAAAUUGUUCAAGGGCUGAAGUCAAAAAGAGUGAACAAUACCAGCAUCCAGCUAUUAGAGAACUGGCUUGCUGCAUAAGGCGGCAUGUGGAGUGCCAGUUUAAUGGGAAGGAAGAGAUUUCAGGGGCAGGGAAGUCCACAUCUCCUCUUGGCAAGACAAAAUUGCCCAAAGGUAAAUUUACAAAACAUAACUUUAAUACCUCAUAACAAGUAGAGAUACAGGUAGUGCUGUGGUUUGAAAGAUGUGGCGGGACUAAAUCUCUCCUCCUUAAAAUGGGACCCUUAUUACUCCCUUUAUUUUAAUUGUAGUUAAUGUAAGUUAACUCCAAGCACCACUAUAUAAACAAUACUUUUUUACUAGCAGUGAAAGGUGAAUUCAAAACAAUAAGAAGAAUCUACAGGUGAAAAUGCAGCUUUUCUCAACAAACUUUUUAAAAAUGUACAACAGUUUUAUGUCUUGUUUAGUUUUAUUAAAUAAAUUCCAGGCCAAAGUGUCUGAUCAGCUACUACCUCCUGUGGGGUUUUGGAAGUAACUUAAAAUAAACCAGACCCCUAGAAGAUGUAACUGAGCAUUUGUGUAUGUGUGUGUGAGACUAACCUAUUGUGUGUUGUUAGUACUGAGUGGAAAAUUUUGGUUGAUGACUGAGUUUAUAUUUGCAUCAUAUGUUCAACAUAUCCAUAAAAUGAUUUUUGAGUUAUAUUUGUAUUAUGUCAUUGAAACUUAACAGGAAACGAAGCUUGUUUCCACACUGUAUGGAUGACAUUGUCUAAGGCAGUGAUCUUUAAGUGGUUGGUUGUUGGAACCCAAAAAUGGAUCAUGGGCCAGACAGGGAGAGGUUGUACCAGGGCCUUAGCUGCCAUUUUAUUUUGUCUUAUUCUUAAAAUUGUUUUAGAAAGGAUGAAAGAGAAAGUAAAGCAUAAAAACAGGGUGCUGGUGGUUUGGGGUGGGGAGAGAAGGGUGAAACAGAAGACAAUAUCAGUGAAUAUAGUGGAAACAAUUGCAGUGGGUUCCAUAAAACAAGUUGGGUUUAAAGGUGGGUCCUACUCUGUAAAGUUCAAAGACUUCUUCUAAGACUACUGCCCUAAGUCAUCCAGUCUUAACCUCAGGGAAUGAACCAGUAAGAGUUGAAAGCAUAUAUGUGUAUGAUCCAGCCAAAGUUAAGCACUUUGAAGUUUCGUGUUUUUAGUAGGACUGUUAAAUUCAUAUCCUAUGAAAUCAAUGGGGUUUUAAAAGUGCUCAAUUGUGCCACAUUUUUUAAACGUGUACAAAAGAAAGUUGUUGCAACUAGCUAAUAUGUAUAAAGGCAUGUUAGGAAACUGCAAAAUGUUAAAAUAGGAGAUAAAUAUGAUACAGUCAAAGUUCUGAUGGAUUUCAACAGGAGGGUGAAGUACCUGCUCCAGCCCUUAAUGGGACAUGAAUCAUAACAUUUCAUUUUCUUUGUCAACUUCAGUGAAUCAAAGGGAGACUCCCCCUAAGAGCUUUUGAUAAUCUUGUAAGCAAUUUUACUUACAUAAUCUAACUUAAAUAAGUGGGACUGUACUCCAUUUUUCAAGUGAUGUUUACUUUGGAGUGAUACAGUAUAAAUGUCAAAGAGCAAGAGUACAGUAUCAUUUUAUGCAAGAAAAGCAAUUUAACGGAAGGCGCAAUCCAGUGAACGUAACGCACUUUUAAAUCCUGUUGGUUCCAAUGGGAUAUUAAGCACAUAUUUAAAGUUCUUGUUGACUAAUGGGGCUUAACCCCCUUAUUCUUUUUGCUUAACGUCUUAUAUUGUUUACUUUUUAAUGGAGAACAUAAAAUGUUCCCUUCACACUGAAUCUUUAUUGUUGCAUUGAUCAUAUGUGUCAAACAGUCUUGACAAACCUAUUGUUGCUGCUGAAUAUAACUCUCGGGUGGCUUCCAAAUGGGGACAGGAUUUUGUGGUUUCCCCUUUGCUGGUGUAGCUGCAGAUAAAGCUCAGAAGCAACAGGGUUUUCACAUGACAGGUUUCCUUGCUACAAUCCCCUGGAAGCAGCCACCCCCGCUCCCCUCGGCAAUUAAAAAAAAUAGUACUAGAAUAUCAUUAUAUUCAUAUACUGUUGUAAUUGUAGUUUUAGCACAUUCCCUGAAUUCCCAGCUUCCCUAUUGUUAAAUGCUAUAUUGCUAUAAUGUUAUUCUACUGCCAAUUUAAAAAAAAAUUAAAUCCCUCCAAUAGUGGUUAGAGGGGAGAAACUGGCUGCCAUGGUGACAGGGUCAAGGAAAAUGGCUGCCAUGUGGGCCAGCCCACACAGCAGCCAUCCAGGCUUUGUUGUAGUCUUUCCCAAAACUUCACAGAAAAGGUUUGAGAAAGAUUAGAGAAAAGACAAUAAAAGCCCUGGAGGUGCAUAAAUCCGCCAUGAUGCUGUGGGGAAGCAGGAAAGAAACUCAUUUCCCCAGAUCAUUGAACUAUGAGCCGAAAUGGCCUUAAAGAGAGGCCUCUGUCAUUUCUGGAUAACCUGAUCCUAGACUACAUUGUUUUAAUGUCAUCUACCUCCUGGUUUCUUCAGCCAUAUCAGUCUUUUAGAGGGGAAAACCCCUAUAAACUCUUGUAAAAUCCAAGAAUCUGAAAGGAAUUGGGCUCCAUACUUUUUCCUAAACAUGAUGACAUAGUUGGGCAAAAAGCCAUCCUAAAACACUGAAAGGCGGAUAGAAAAGGUUGUGGGGUGGGGUCAGGCCAACUUUUCUAGCCACUCUUGCUCAGUUCUUGGCCUGGCCACAUCUUCUGUUUCAGAAGAUACGUUGGUCCAUGAAGGUCCCGUGAUCUCCAGCGUAUCCUCUUUAGGAUGGUCUUUUAUCGGCAGAAAAGUUAGUUGGAUCCCACCAUGUGAUUACAAAAAACACAAGAAUAUUGGCAGGUAUAUUGGCUGUACCUUAGAUAGGGUCGUCAACUGUCUACAGAAAUAAUGUUCUAUCAGUUUUCUAGGGUCUUGAUGGAAUGUUAUUUACCAGGUGAAAUUAUUAACUUCCAUUCCAUGAAAAGCAUCAGCUGCCCAUUUUCGCGCAUUAAGCCUCUGUGAAAGAGACAGAAAAGGCAGCAAGAGCCUGGAGCUUUGGGGCAGCAGGUCUCCUAUGGAGGGCAACAUGGCAUCUCUCCCUGUUACCCGCACAGAAAUGCUGCGGUUAGGCUGAGAAGUAGGAACUGAUGUUAGGUCACCAGUGCGCUUCAUAGAACAGUGGGGAUUUGAACCAGUCCAUCUCUAACCAUUGGCUCUACCUCUGUUGCCCUUUCUAUCCAAACCAUUCUGCAGGCUGCCUCCUGCACAGCUGUGGCACCUCCACACGCACUUCUGUGGAUCAGGAGGACACAUCUCUGUUGGAUCACAACCUGUAGUUCCCAUCUAGUGGCUCCAUGUAUAUGUGACGAUUCUGAUGCAUACGCAGAGCUCCAUGUAGCAUGGGGUGGCCCAUUUCCUUCCAUUUUAAGAACGCUGUCCCCGUCUGGCACAGCAGCAAGGAAGUCCCUUGCUCUAUAUGCUCUAUACUCUUGUGUACCAGAGUUUCCCAUAGAAAUUUUUAGUUUCGUACAUUCUAUUUAAAGUCUUUGUUAGUAUUUUUAGAGUAUCAUUUUUCAUAAGGUGUGUAGGGUAUGCCUUUUUGUGAUUUGAUUUUUAUACUGUAUAUUUCUGAUACAUUG